AUGGCGCCCCGUCCUGAGAUUGUUGCCGAUGCACUCUCUCCCAUGGCUGUGAACGCUUUGCACCAAGCAAAGUCUCUGGCCAAGCGUGAGGACCCGUACAGGCAACUUGCUUCGGCUGGAGCAAAACCACCGCUCGACCUCGCUGGUCCUGGCUUUCAGGCCCUGUUCGCUCUCAUUGGCAUUGGAAUGGCCUUUCUGGCCAUUUGGUUCUUCUUCUGGGCCAAGAAUGGCGGCUUCAAAUGGCGUGAGGGUGACUGGGAAGACUACAAAUCCACAGUCCUGCGACGCAAGGGACCCGACGGCAAGACUCUCUCCAACGCUACCAAGAGCACCAGGCUCGGUGGUGGCAGUGUUGUUCACGGCGGCAGCUACUUUGGUGCUCAGAGCGAUCUUGGUUACACGGAUGAGUCUGGAACUACCGUCACUGCAAGCGCCUACACCGACGCUGAAAAAGGCGAGGCCGGCCUUCGUGGCGGUGACGGACGCAAGCACAAGAAGCACCGCCGCAACCACACCAAUGACUACAACGACCCCGAGCUCCGUCAGUACCGCGAGGAGAAGGCUGCCCGUGUUGGUGGUCUGAACCGUGUCGGCGAUGGCAAGUACACCGACUACUCUGGCUCUCAACCUUCUGAAGUCGGCGGCUCCCAAGUCUCUAGCAACGUCCCCCUCGUCAAGAAAGAAGCAAAAGAACCAAAGGACCCCAAGAAGGAGGCCAAGGCCAAGGAACAACGUGCAAAGGAACGCAUGCGCAAGGCCAAGGCCGCUGAAAAGGAAGCCGCAAAGAAGGAAGCCGCCGAGGCCAAAGCCCGCAAGGAAGAACAGAAGGCCGAAGCCAAACGCCUCAAGGACGAGCAAAAGCGAUCCAGGAAGAACGGUGCACCCUCUGAAGCCCCCGAGAUGGCUGAAGUCAGCCGACCCAUGAUCGAGUACCACCCAGCUGAGUCUGAGUACACACGCGCCUACACCGAGUACACCGCUCCCUCUGUCGUCGACAACACCCCAACCCGCGCUUCCACCCGAACCAGCAAGGGCCCCAACGGACCCCGUCGUGCUCCUCCCUCAGCCGCCUACUCCUUCACCACCGGCGACGACACGGAAACCGUCUACACCGGCGUCAACACCAACGACCCUGACUCUCCCCCUGCCAAAGCCCCCGCAAAGACCUCUCGCACUGCCCCCACCGAAGUCACAGAAUCAAGCUACUACUCUGACUACCGCCCCAACGCCGACCCCUCCCUCUACCCAGACCCCAACAAGCACGCCCCCCGCUCCCGCUCCGCCCGCCCCUCCACCGACCGCGGCGACCGCUCCUCUCGCUCCGCCCGCCCAUCCUCCUCUCGCCCAUCCUCCUCGUCUCGCCCCCGCCCCUCAGGCUCCCGCUCGCGUCCCCCCUCGGAGUCCCCCAGGAAACAGCACCGCUCCUCGCGUCCCGCACCUCCUCCCUCCGAUAUCUUCACUACGGCAAACGGAGAUGCGCACGGCCAUAUGAGUUACCCCUGCCAUAUCCCUGGCUUGAGCCAGGCCGGCAGCGUGCACCCCAUGGAGAGCGUCUCGCAGGUUGGCGUGCCGACGAAUCGCCGCGGGAGAGAUGUCAUGGAUGGGUAUCGUAGGGGCGGUGUGAGGGCUGUAGGCCGGAGGGACAGCUUGAGCGAUAGUGAUUAA